AUGAAGAAAGGCCCCAUCCUUGGAGUGCUUUUAAAGCAAGAAUAUCCUCCGAUCAUUGAAGGGACAACUAGAGAUGGUCGUCCAUUCAAAUAUCAUGCAAGCAAGUGGGAACACUACUCGCACAUUCUAAGGGAUGAUGCACAGACCCCAGAUGAUCGUGUGAAACAAGAGUUCUGGAGCAUAUAUUCAGUUCCUAAAGAAUUUGAAGAUGAAGCAGACCAUGUAUUUGAGAAAUAUGCACGCACCCAAUGCAAGAAUAUGAUGUACCAAGCUCGUCCAGAUGCUAGCGAGCACUAUUAUCACGAAAUCAUAAAGAGCCCAAAGUCUGAUACAUUUGCCUAUGCCAAACUACUUACUUUUGAAGAGUACAUGCAAUGCAAGCCUGAAUGGUUCACUGAUGAAGCCUGGGAGUCCCUUUGUAAGAUGACUACAAUGAAGCAUUGCAAGAAAAGUAUCCAGAGAACUGGCAAGAGCAACCUUUUGAUAAUUGCAUAUAAUAUUGGUGGUGGCUUGCCGCAUGGUCGUCUUGCAAUAGGAAAUGGUGCUGUCAACAAGGCUACAAUAAUUGAUGCUGCCAAGGCAAGUGGAACAAGACCAACAACCUCAAGGGCUUUUCAAAAUCUGUUGGCAAUAUAUGAGGAAUCACUUGCCAACGUUGGUCGCUUAACUGAACAGAAUAAUGCCUUGGUUCAACAGAAUGCUGCAUUGACUCGAGAUGUGAAGCGUAAUGGUCGUGUACUUGAGCUCACUAUUAACAAAGUACAAAUAGAGAUACCACCAGACCUGCUUCAGGAAGAAGAAAAUGACAUGAAGUGGGUGCAUACUGCCAUUAAACAGCAGCUUGCUACUUGUAGACUUCCUGGGUCAAGGAAUGACGAUGUUUUGGCUAUCUUGUGCAGAAGUGGCUGCAUACUGCCAUAG